GCCACUGCGCACAGCACAGACAUAGUAUUUAUAUAUGAGUAUCUCAAAUACACAGUUCUAGCAAUAAUGCUUUGAAUUUAUAAAGUUUUGUUUCAUUAUUGUGAUAUUAGAUUCACUGAUAUUAAUAGAUGAAUUACGGAAGUGUGCCUGUUUUGCGAAGUGUGUUUUGUUUGUUUGGAUUUUAAAACCGUAGCUGAGCUUCUAAGCACAACUCGUCCAGUGUUAUGGGGGAUUUCCAAGCAACAGUUGAAUUUAUGGUCGAACUGUAUAAGUUUUAUAAUGUCGACCUUUUCGUUCGUGGAAACUACCAAAUUCGUCUCACGUUAAAACCUCCAAAGUCAAAUCAUACAAUUCAAGUGGAACUUUCUCAUGGAGACAACCGCUCAUACACAUUGGCGCCUGCUUAUGUUACCGAAGAUGGUCUAACAGCAGUAUCACGAACAUUUAACAUCUACUACAAAGACGAGGAAGUACUUUUGAAAGAUGUUUUUAUUUUUCGAGUCCACCUGCUGAUCGACAGCGCGAAGGCGGCGGACUGUAUUGACAAGACAGAAUUUCUUAUGACAGUAGAUGUUCAUUUUACAGAUCAAAAAAUACAAGGCAGCAACUAUCGUAUCAUUCCUUGGGCCACGUCGAGGACGCUCAAGUUUCAUUUCUCCUGUUUUAAUGGUCUCCAUCAUCAGAUCCCACUUCUGUUUGAUUAUUAUUUUUUCUCCGUUCUUGACAUGAUCAUCCACGCGAAUGUCGUUUCUCUUGGGUUGCCUGACUGGAAAAUUCUCAAGCCUCUUAAAACUGGUUGGUUCAACAAGUCUACCGUAGCUGGGCGGUCAUCGGCACCUCUAUUUUUCAUUAAUAUAUUUGGAAAUCGCGCACAGCCUUCUUAUAGUGACGUGACUGUACGAUAUUCUGCUUUCAAAACCUGCAGCAUAACAAAAGAAUGUUUUCAAAAGGCCUCUGCUAUUCACAGAAAUCUCUGUGCCAUCCUCACCAUGGCUCACUCUCAGUUGUACAAUUAUUUCGAGGAAAUGAUGCAAUACGUGGACAAGAAGCAAAGAAUUACACUCGGUGAGAAAAUGGAUCCAGCCGAGUUGGUGGAAGGACUGUGUGAAAAACUUGAGAUGUUGGAGUCUUGUGAAGAGAUCUACGAUGAAAUGUGCAGCGAUUUUUCCGUUCUUAACACCCAGUUGGGGUUUUUAUGGUUACAAUUCCGGGAAUCGUUCAAAUCGAAAGAUGAAAUACGUCGGCCAAUGAGAUUGCAGCAUCAUCGCGAAAGGAUGAUGCAUUUGAGCGAAGCAUUCUUUGUUCAAGAAUUUCCAUGGAAAUCACUUCUCAACGUAAACGAUAGCAGUUUUCAAAAACAUUUGAGCAUGGGACAAUGUGUGAAAUCUUCGAGAUACAUCUCUGAAAUCCCUCCUGUUGCUGUGGAAUGUGCAGAAGUCGACGGAGAUGCAUCCACGACUCCCAUAUUCUUUGAGGAUCGCUAUGUCAACAAGAUAGGGAUAAAUUUUGACAAGUUACGCGCCGUUGAAAUUCAGGGAGAGGACGAUGUUCUGGAGCACAAGUCGUUGUUCAAUGGCACGAGGAAUGUGGAAUUUCGCAGUGAAUCACCUUUGAUCAUUGAUGGUGAAGGUUAUAGUGGCGUCAGAGAGGCGUGGCAAGAUGUCAGGUCUCCGAGAAGGUCAAAUGAGCUCAUUGCUAAGCGUGUAGUCCACGCGGCAAAAAAUGACGACGUUUUGAGAGACAAAAGCGAUAUUAAAGACGAAAAUGCUGUUUACGGUAGAUACAUUAAAGAUAAAAGUAUCGUUUCCUCAAAAAAUGACGACGUUUUGAGAGACAAAAGCGAUAUUAAAGACAAAAAUGCUGUUUACGGUAGAUACAUUAAGGAUAAAAGUAUCGUUUCCUCAAAAAAUGACGACGUUUUAAGAGACAAAAGCGAUAUUAAAGACGAGAAUAUUGUUUACGGUAGAUACCUUAAGGAUAAAAGUAUCGUUUCCUCAAACAGUGACGAAACGUCAGAUGAUAGAAAGUCGAUAAAUAAUGUACAACGAAGUAUGAACAAUUGCAAUCAUAACGAUGAUGCUCCUGGAAACGUUCUUCGAGACAUAAACAAGCAGGAAAGUCCUCGUACCUCUAAAUUUCGACGUAAACCUUUCAUGGGCGACAGAGAAAGUUUAAUCGACAAUAUCGAGUUGCCAGCAGAUAAAGAAGUGACUCUGGAAUGUAAGAACAUCGAUGUUGAUGUAAAUCACGGCGACUGUUCGUCGCAAGAGAAGGAAUCGAAGAUCGUUUCUGUUUCUAACAGUUCGGAAAAUGUUUCUAAAGUAUUCGCUAAUAAGGAAAAUGACGGUUCUGUUGAGGAAAUGAGCCACUGUGGCUUAACACCGAAAGUACUAAACGGGGAGAAAGAGAUAGAAUUAAUUACGUCGGUAGAGAACGAUGAAACGCCGAAGCCAAUAAACUCUCCACUUACUUUAAAGGAGUUUGCGGAAAACUUUUUGAGGACUAAUCGACCUAACGGUGACGUGGUUGAAAAGAACCUGGGUUCUAAUGGUCGACAAGACCUAGCAACCGAUGAUGGGAUCGUAGAGGAUGUAAAUUCGUCGAACACUCAUCAUGAGGAAAAAACAAGCGACAAAAUUUUCCUAAAUCAUAAAGACAGAUGUGUUGAUCCACUUGGCGAGAGACAUUUUUCACACAACAACAUCGAAAAUUUCAAAACCGAUCGGCUUAGCGGAGAAUGUAAACCUAACCAUCGACAAAACUUCUCGCGAAGUCGAUCCUUAGACAAUUUAGACAGUAGAGGUCAUUUUAUAGUUCCCACUUCCCGAGAUUCGAGCCUUCGAAGAAGAGGCGACGGGAACUCGAUGAGUAACAACAGGAAAAAACGCGGAACCGUUCGCAUCCACAAUUCCGUGUUCUACAAUCGGGAAUUUAAUGAUAUUUUCAGCCACCAUGACGGGCAAUUUUCGAGUUUACGAAUAGAAAAUUUAGAAAUGUGCAAUGGGUUUGAAGGGAAGAUGAAGGAGAUGUCGCCAUCUUAUGGAGAGACGCCCUCGCUGCUACAAAAAGCUAAACUCGACGUCGUGUCUCGAUUGAAUUUUCGUGGAAAUAUUUAUAGCGAUGUUGCUACAAAGUUUGCUGUAAGACCGUAUUUUAUGAAUGCGAAACCAGAUCUGUCUUCACUACCUGUACAUUUCGUUGUCUGUGUCCAUGGUCUCGACGGAAACUGCGGUGAUCUGCGUUUGAUACGAUGCUUUCUUGAGAUGGCACUACCUUCGACUAACUUCGAGUUUCUCAUGUCCGAAGCAAAUCAAGAUACCACGUUCAUGCCGUUCGAGAAACAGACAGAUCGACUGGUGGAUGAAAUCCUCCAUUACAUGGAAUCUUAUCGGAUCUCUCCCGCACGCAUUAGUUUCAUUGGUCAUUCUCUGGGAAAUGUUAUCAUCAGAUCAGCUCUAGCUCAUCCAAAGAUGCGGCCAUACGUCAACCUGCUUUACACGUACCUGUCUCUUUCUGGACCUCACCUUGGCAUGGUCCAUCAUACGAGCUCAAUCGUCAGCACAGGAAUGUGGUUACUACAGAAAUGGAAGAAAUCGGAUUCUCUACUACAGCUCUCCUUAAACGAUUCAGCGGACAUGAGAGAUACGUAUAUAUACAAAUUGAGUAAAAAGAAAGGUUUGGAGUAUUUCACGAACGUCCUGUUAGUGAGUUCUGUUCAAGAUCACUAUGUGCCCUUUCAUUCUUCAAGAAUUGAACUGCCAAAAUCAUUUCGUGGUAAUUCAUUAGAAUGUAAUGUGUACAGGGAAAUGAUGGAGAACUUAUUGACGCCAUUACUCAAUGAGUGCAAUCGUUGUCUGGUCCGCUAUAGCGUGUACCAUUGUCUACCGUCGUCUACCAACACUUUCAUCGGUCGGGCAGCUCAUAUAGCGAUGCUUGACUCCGAGUUAUUUAUUGAAAAACUGAUAUGUACGUCAGCGGCAAAAUACUUUCAAUAAUUCAUGAUUCCUAGGAAUUAUUAAUUCUUAUUUUCACUUUGUCGUGUUCAUUUCGAGAACGUUCUUUCAUUUUACGACGCUGCUUGCACGCAUAGUUAUGUGAACAGUUUAUUGUGAAGCUUGUUUUCAUAGAUUUGUAGAUAGACUUUGUGAAUCACGAAAUAGUGGUUUUUCCUUCAAGAUGGAGGAGGGGGUGAUUAAAUGUUUACUUUAAAUGA